ACAGCUGCAUGCUGCUGCCCUAGAGCCUCCCAGGCUUCCCAGGUCAUGACUCUGCUACUCUCGUUGAUCCUUGCCAUUUGCACUGGACCUGGACUCUUAGGGUCUUCACUUAGAGUGCGACUGGUGAGUGGCCCCCAUCGCUGCGAAGGGCGGGUAGAGGUGGAACAGAAUGGACAGUGGGGCACCCUGUGUGAUGACGGUUGGAACUUGAAGAAUGCGGCCGUGUUGUGUCGGGAACUGGGCUGUGGGGCAGCCAAAGGAACACCCAGUGGUUUAAAAUACCUGCCACUGGCAGACAAAAACCAAGACAUCAUCAACCAACAAAUCACCUGCAGCGGGAUGGAGGCUAGCCUGGCUCAAUGUAAGCUAGAAGAACUGGAUUACGGGAUUUGUACUCACGAGGAAGACUCAGGAGCAGCAUGUGACCAGCCUGUGCAACUCGCUGAUGGCCCGAACCGGUGCGAGGGGCGAGUGGAGGUGAAGCACCAGGGCCAGUGGGGCUCCGUGUGCAAAGCAGGUUGGAACCUCCAUGCAGCCAAGGUGGUCUGCCGGCAGCUGGGAUGUGGACGUGCCCUACUGACCCAAGCAUACUACAACAGAGCCGUCCAGGGGCAAUGGCCCAUCUGGCUGAGCUGGGUAUCAUGCUCAGGAGAAGAACUAACCCUUCAGGAAUGCUCCUUGAGUCCUUGGGGGGAAAGCACCUGCACCCAUGACCAAGACACGUGGGUCCAAUGUGAAGGUCCCUUUGAACUGAGGCUGGAAGGAGGCAAUCACUGUGCUGGGCGUCUGGAGGUAUUGCAUAGGGGUCUGUGGGGCUCUGUCUGUGAUGACGACUGGGGUGAAAAGGAGGACCAGGUGGUUUGCAAGCAGCUGGGCUGUGGGAAGCCCGUCUCUCGACCUUCUCAUGCCAAGAAACCCUUUGUCCCGGGAGCUGGCCAAAUCUGGCUGGAUAACGUGCGCUGUACAGGGAACGAGACGUCCUUGGAGCAGUGCCAGCACCGGUUCUGGGGGUACCAUGACUGCACCCACAAGGAAGACGUGGCUGUGAUUUGCUCAAAACCCUAGCCCAGCCUUCUUGAUGUUUCAUCUGGCUGCGACUGACUCUGGAAUGACCCUCCCCAUCUUUUGGACCCAGAUGACCUCAGUACCCACCCUGAGCCUGCAGACUUCAGCCACAACUCCUCGUCCCCUCUGCAGGACCCUGACUACACUGCUGAGUUCUUGUGCACAGAGCCAAGCGCCGCUGUCCUUGCCUGGAGACAUGUGUCAGGAGGGAAGCCAUGGAACGUUCUUGCUGGGAAAGAUGCCCUUUCACUGUCCUUUCCUCACUGCUGACCUACUGGGAUUGCUUUCAGCUUUUCCCGCCCUUUCUCAAAUUGUGAGGUCGCCCAGGCCUGUCCUUUUGACUCCACAUGCACGCCAUCCCAAGGCAAGAUGGAUGUCUGUCAAAAAAUGGAAGGAAAGAAACAAUAAAAAUAGCAUU